AUGCCUCGUCCAGGCAAGAGUUCCUACAGUGACCAGAAGCCCCCUUACUCGUACAUCUCGCUGACAGCAAUGGCCAUCCAGCACUCGGUUGAGAAGAUGCUCCCCUUGAGCGACAUCUACAAGUUCAUCAUGGAGCGCUUCCCUUACUACCGCGAGCACACUCAGCGCUGGCAAAACUCCCUGCGCCACAACCUCUCCUUCAACGACUGCUUCAUCAAAAUCCCUAGGAGGCCGGAUCAGCCGGGCAAGGGGAGCUUCUGGGCGCUGCAUCCGGACUGUGGGGACAUGUUUGAGAACGGCAGCUUCCUUCGGCGCAGAAAACGCUUCAAGGUGCCCCGACCGGAACCUCACAUGCCAGCGGCGGGAAAGACAGGAAGUGUGCUGCACCCACACCUGAGCCACUAUUUCCACCCGCACCACCAGCCACCACCUCCUCCCCAGCCUCCUGCACCCGGCAAAGGACAUCCGGAUUCCACUAUGGCUGCUGCCGCUGCCGCCGCUGCUGCCGCCGCCGCUGCUGUGGGAAGGCUGCCCCAGUUCCAGCCCUACAGCCCUGCACCUGGGUUCAAGCACCCUUUCGCCAUUGAGAACCUGAUCGGACGAGAUUACAAGGGUGUGAUUCAGAGCGGGGGGUUGCCCUUGGCUUCCGUGAUGCAUCAUCUGGGCUACCCGGUGGCCAGCCAGCAGAUCAGCACCAUGGUCAGCUCCGUUUGGCCUCACGUAGGCGUAAUGGAGCCGGUGGGUGGUGUGCCCAUCUCCCCAGGGGAGUAUGGACCUUUCAGCAUGCCAAUGAAGGCCAUCUGCCAUCCAUCUGCACAGACUCUUCCUGCCAUUCCGAUGCCAAUCAAGCCCACCCCAGCUCUCCCUCCAACAUCAGCCAUCCCUGCCCUGACAGCCAACCUGGCGGCACAGCAGCAGCUCUGCCCACCCACUUCUCCCAGUUCCUCUUCCUCCCUCCUGGAACAGACUCCACCAAACUCAUCUGAAGGCAAAGGCUCCUUACAUUCUGCCUUGGUACAUUCUUAG